AUGUUGCAGAGUGAGAAACAGAAGAACCGAGGGGACGAGGAGGUGGUCAAGAAACUGUGCCUGGUUAAUGGAGUGUCCUAUGAAAAAAUCGCACAAGAAGGAUGCAAUGUCAAGACAUUAGAGAUCUUCUUCUCUGGUUUCCCUCGCAUGGUUGGACUGUCCUUCUUCCCAAGGCUCUGCCAGCUGACCAUAGUGGACCAGAACAUAAAACACAUCGAAGGACUUGAGUGCUGCCCUCUGCUCCAGGAGCUGUGGAUAGUCCAGUGCCAUCUGACAGACAUAUCUGGACUACAGAACUGUCUACAACUACAGAAACUCUACCUUUAUGAUAAUCAAAUCUGUGAAAUAGAGAAUUUAGAAUUGCAGGUCAACCUGGAAGUCCUGUGGCUCAAUAACAACUGCAUAAAUAAAAUACAGGGCUUGACCACACUUCAAAACCUGAAGGAACUAAACCUUGCUGACAAUAUUAUUGAAAAAAUUGGGUACAGCCUUGAUCCCAAUGUCAGCCUUCAGAAUCUCAAUCUGUCCGGGAACAAGAUCAGCUCCUUUAAGGAGCUGACCCUGCUCGCCCAUCUGCCCCAUCUGAGUGAAUUAGCACUGAAGGACCCCACGUCAACGCCAAACCCAGUGUGCCUGCUGUGUAACUAUGCCACACACGUUCUUUAUCACAUGCCAGGCCUCCAACGACUCGACACCUAUGACGUCUCCAGCAAGCAAGUCAAGGAGGCGGCCGAGUCUGCUGUAAUGAAGAAAAUGAUGUACUACAACAUGCGUGUACGUACCGCUCAGAGGAACCUGGCAGAGGCCCAGCUCAGUCUGCUCGAGAGGAAAAAAAGUCUACUACAGUUACCCGAAGAAUGCAACAGGACCCUCAGCCAUGCUCUCAAACGUCUUGAACGUGAGCUCUCCAUGGUGCCGCUUAGUUGCAAGAAGUCUGCCUGCAAGUCAGGGGAUGAACCAGGAGGACCGAACCAGUCGGAGGAAGGUUCAACUGAAAGAAGUGACUCAUCCGCCAACAUCAGUCGUGAUCCUGCCACGGAGCACAAAAUACUCCUAAAGACUGAAGCGCUGAGGGAAAGGCUGAAGCUGUGGACCAGGAGGAUGAAGGAGAUUGAAGCCUGGUAUGAGCAGGAGUUGGCCAAAGCCACAAACAGGAUGGAAUACACGGUGCAGUUUCUAUUGAUGGAGCUUGAAAGUGUUGGAAACAUCCGUUUGGAGGAGGGCUGCUCCACCGACCCCUGGUUUACAUCCUGUUGUGACCUCUUGCUUUCCCGCUUCUCUCCUUCGGACUUCAAGAGUCAGGGCUUCAUUGACAUUAAGAUUGACAGAGUUAUUCGGAUUCACAACAGUGCUCUGAGGCUUCGCUUUGAGGACAAACUUCACAGCCUGCUCGCCAGCGACGACUCUGUCAUCCUUCCACAGAAUUACAGACGUCGACUGGAGUAUUUAUUCUAUGUAGCUGGCCCUGAACGUCGUCAGAAGGAAGAAACUUUGUGCAUUCUAGAGGAAGGCUUCAAAGCCGCAGAGCAACAAAAGGCCUUGGGAAGAGUUGGUGCCGUACCUUUAUCCAAUAGUUUAAGUGUGACCGAACAGCCCAGACUCCAGUAUGCAUUGCGCCAAGCCAGCCGGUGUGAUUCUAAGCAAAGUACCGACACAAUCCCCCUUAGGCACAGUCAGGUUAUUGUUUCCAAAGUGUUCGUGGGUAACAGCACACCCAUUCGUGAUGGAGAACCGCUGGACAGGAGCAGCUACCCCAGAGUCUACUCUGUGUAUCGCAAUGUGGACGCGAAGCACAGAUCUGCAAUGAGUGAAGACAGACCUCGCUCCACCAAAACACACACUGGUCCUGACUGCAAUCCACGCAGGAGGCACUGGUUUGUGUUUGAACAUGAGCUCGUCCUGCCAGAGUACAUCAUAUACUUUGAAUACAUCACCGGGGACAAGGAACAACCUUCAUUUUCGAGCCACGGCACAGGCAGAGAUACUCCUCCUUCCAACGACAUCAUCCUGGACAAAGGAGUCCUCAACAUGGAGCCUGUGCUGAAGCCGCAGCCCAGGUUGUUGAGCUUGGAUGAUACGAUUCUUCUUAAUGUGGCCAGAGCCAACGUCCUCAGUCAGAUCACUAAGCUUAACCUUCACGGCAACAGUCUGAGUAAAGUUAAGGAGAUUUCCAGCCUCACAGCUCUGAGACAUCUUACCAUCAGCUUCAAUGAGUUCACACGCCUCGAUGACAUUUCUCACAUGCCCAACCUUGAGUUUUUGGAUGCUAGCUAUAACCACUUGGUGACUCUAGAAGGGCUGCGGGGGCUGGGGCAGCUCAAACAGCUCGAUGUGAGCUGGAACAAGUUGACCAAGGCCAGAGAGGAGACGGCUGUGCUGAGAAGACACACACCUGCUCUGCUGAAGCUGGACACCCGAUACAAUCCCUGGGACAAGCCAGAAACAGUGAGGAUGACCGUACUUGGCCGUCUCACAACCCUCACACAUCUGGAUGAUGUUCUGGUAGCAGAGGAGGAGGCUGCUGAAGCUGUUCAGAUGGCUGCUGGCUCCAAAAUUAACCAGGCAUCUCUCCUGGCUCACUCCCGUACCAACGAAGACCGUCCCCGUAGUCUUAGUCUGCUGUCAACAGCCCAGCUCCUAUGUCGUUUGAGUCCUGCACCCUGGGGCCUCGGGAGAGAACUGGAGCCCGACUGGACUGCAAAAAUCACCACCCUGAACCUUGACAACCAGAGGAUUUCCAAGCUGAUUAACCUGAAUAAGCUCGUUAACCUGCGUUGGGCCUCCUUUAAUGAUAACGACAUCUCUAAAGUGGAGGGUCUUGAAAGCUGCCUGAAGCUGGAGGAGCUCUCCCUGAACAACAACAGCAUCAGCACGCUCAGUGGCCUGGCCAGACUGCAGUGCCUAAAUAAACUGAGUGUAGAUGGGAAUCAGCUGUCUAGUCUGGAUGCCUCGGUUCUAGAUCAGCUGCCCAACCUGGCUUUUCUGUCAGUGGAGAACAACCGCAUCACAUCCCUGCAUGGAAUCCACAGAGUUCGCUCUCUCCUUGAACUUUACAUCGGCAGCAACCAGCUUUCUGCUUCAAGAGAUAUCUACUACCUGAAGGGAUUGGCGAACCUCAUCAUUCUGGAUCUCUGUGGGAAUCCUUUAGUGGAAAAACUGGAAAACUAUCGAAUAUAUGUCGUGUUUCAUCUCCCCUCCCUUAAAGCUCUGGAUGGAUUUGCAGUGGAAGUGAGCGAGUGUGAGAGUGCAAAGAAUAUGUUCAGGGGAAGACUAACCAUGGACACAGUGGCAGAGAAGCUGGGCCACUCAAACUACACAGAAAUCACCUACCUCACCCUUCAAUCUUGCUCCAUUAGGAUGGUUGAUCUGUCUCCAGCGGACCAGUUCUGUAACCUGCACAGCGUCAACUUAGACCACAACAACCUCACGUCCUUCUCCGGCCUCAUCUACCUGCCCAAUAUCAAAGCUCUUUGUCUGAACUACAACCACAUCGAGUCCAUUCUGCCCAGACAGAAGACUCACCUGACUAACAGACAGAUACUGUACAGCAAAGUCCACUCAAGCGGCUACGGCCAGCAGAGCCCAUCCAAAUCCAGCAGGGAUACUGGGCCCACUGGCAGCCUGGAGCCACUGAUGGGAAGCCUGGAGGUGCUAUAUUUGAGUCACAAUGGCAUCUCCAAUAUGGCCAAUCUGCAGCUCAGCAGGCUCACCAAUCUUAAAGCGCUCUUCCUACAAGGUAAUGAGAUCAGCCAGGUGGAAGGCUUGGAGGGGCUUCACCAGCUCCGAGAGCUUGUGUUAGACAGAAACCGGAUCAAAGGUCUGGCCAAGAACUCUUUCACAGCCCAGAACGUGCUCCUGGAGCUGCACCUAGCCGAGAACCGAAUCCGAGAGCUAAACCAUCUCGAUCCACUGACUGAGCUCCGCAAGCUCUUCCUUGGCAUGAACAAGCUGCAGGACGUCACAGAGCUUGACAAAUUAGAAGUUCUUCCCUCGCUGACGGAGCUCUCCAUUGUCGGCAAUCCUGUGGCUCGUAAUUCUCUCCACAGACCUGCGGUAGUGCUUCGCCUGUCCCAGUUGCAGGUUCUGGAUGGAGUGGUGGUCACUCUGGAGGAAAGGACCAGGGCGGAACUCCUCAGUGCUGAUCCAUCUACAUGCUCUCAGCAUCCUGGAGCUUCUCUUCCCACCCCUGAAAUCAACCUGCCCGGACCGCUGCCCUUCAUGCCUCAUAACACCACCCUAAGAGGGAUGAGUAUCGGUGGAGGGCUGCAGAACUUUAUGCACGGGCAUGACGUGCUGCCAAGUAAUGUGGACGAGGAUCAAUACACAUACAAAUACAAGAAGCACAAGUACAGCAAUGUUGCUCGAAGUGGCCAAACUGACGUCAACUUCAGACACAGCCGACGAGCAGGAAGCAACCUCCUGAGCACGUGUCUCCUGUCUGAUGGGAACAGAGUCAUCAUUACGAAUUCCAAACAGGAUCAAGGCAGCAGAUUCCCCAGUGGUGGUAAACCUCCACCCAUGUAG